AGCAAUUUGACAUUUUUAUUUUACUAGAGAGGAAAACCUUCUGAGUGUUAACUGUGAUUUGGAUGGUGUAUCUUGGCCUAAACUGACAGGUGCAGGAGGAAGCUGGACUUUAUAGUUACCCGUAUUGUUCUAGCCUACAGGAAUGUGCAGUUGCUACUUUAGGGUGCCAUUAUUAUGCAAACCGACAUAUUUUUGGAGGAGAUAUUGAGAAAAUAAAACACUAGAGAAUUGAUACUAACAAAGAAUGAGUCAACUUUUUACCAUGCAUGAUAAAACUUUAAUGUUUUGCAAUGGCAAAAAUUGAUAGUCUUCCUUGUUUCAAGUUUCAACAGAAUCCUUUAUUUUCAUUGGUUUUUUCUCAUAGUGAUGUGUUUAAGGAAAUAAAAUCCUCGUCUGAAGAAUGGACCUGAUAUAUGCAUCUAAGAUGGGAAUUGUUAAUGACAGAAAAAUUGUGAAAUGUUUGAACCAUUUAUUGAGGAUGAUGCACCAUUUGAGGAGUAUUGCAAAACCAUGGAUAAUGAUGGCACAUGGGCUGGUCAUAUGGAAUUGCAAGCAGCUUCUCUUGUUACACCCAGUAACAUUUGCAUUCAUCGGAACAUGUCACCUCGGUGGUACAUACGCAACUUUGAUCAGCCUGGUGCUCGUAUGAUCCAUUUAUCUUAUCAUGAUGAGGAACAUUACAACAGUGUGAGGUUGAAGGAAGACACUGGAGAUGGGCCAGCUAGGCCAAUUACAAUCAAGGCUGAUUCUAAUCUCUCGUCAUCGUCUCGCCAAGCAAAAGCUGGGUCAAACAACUCUAAAUCAGGAGCUGGUAAGGAUAUUACUGAUGCUGGAUCCAUCAAGCUAGUCAUGGCUGGAAGUGGUUGUGAGAACAUUGAGAAAGUUGAGAAGACAUUGCUGCAAAUGUAUGGGGAUGUUGAUGCUGCCAUAGAGUAUUUGAUAGCAGAAAAAGGUAUUGAAGAUUUUUCAGAGGAAGCUGUCCGGUCUCCCUGCAAUGCAGAUGCUUCUCAUGGUGAUGAUGCCAGUGGAAAUUCUGAGGAACAGGGAGAGGAACCUGUGGAAGAGGCCAAUAAAGAAAAUCCACCUAGCAAUAGCGCUAAAUGGACUCAUGAUGAUGGCAGUGCCCGGCGAGAAGACAAGAAAAUUCCAAGAAACAAGAAUUGUCCAUGUGGUUCAAAAAGAAAUACAAGUCCUGUUGCGGGUCAGGGACAGGGAAAGUCUCUGCAAUUUCCAAGUAUUUCUCGUUCUCUCAGUGCUUUAUAUGUCAAGUUAUAGUUUAAGCUUGUCUUUUGUUGAAGUACCUUUCCUGUUUCCGUGUGAUUCGAGUUCAUACGUAUCUUGAAAUUAUGGCUUAUGUAUCCAACAUCGUAUCGUACUUAACUUCAAGUCUGGAGUAUUUUCUCACUCCUAUGCUUUGUCGAAUAAUGGGUUCACUUUGGAAAAAUGUUCAUACAUGAGUAAUAUAAAUUUGUACUUACAAGAACAAAGACAGCACUGAAGAUUUCUCCUUUUUUAUGUCUAAACGUUGUUUUGCACUAAUCAAGCUCUUGAAUCCAGAAAAGGUAGAAAGGAAAAGAAGCAAGGCAAGAGAGGGUCUGACACAUCUGCACUUUCUAGUGGAUCUGAUGGAGGGCCACCUGAUAUGGGGGCUCUUUGUAUCUGAUCUUUUGUUAAAAUGGGGCUUGUCCAGUUCUCAAGAAUCACAACAAUCUCGCGGCUUAGUUAUUGCAUCCAUGAGGGAGUGGGGAGAGAGUCGAAUUGUGAGCAGGAAACUGAUGCUGAAAGAAUCUAUAACUUGAGCUUCUUCCUGGAGCAACUUAUGAGGUUACUCAUUAUUUUUUCUUGGCUUGCCUCAAAUAUAAAUCUUUUCAUUCUCUAUUAGCUGCAACAUAGAGCGCAUGUUAGUCUGAGGUUAUCUUCUGUCUUCAAAGGCUGGUACCUUAUUAGUCUUGUAUACUACCUUGUCCCAAAAUGGGGAAAUAAAAGAUCCUUGCUUCAUCUAA